CAUCUCUAAGCGUUACCCAGAUUCGUGUGUAGCUGGCUGUGUUAUGCGUUUGUCUUUGCAUUAGGAGCUUUCUUAAUCUGAAAGAAGUAUUGUUUGUUUCUGUUCACGGAAAUGGAACGAAAACGCAAAAUAGGUGGUGAAAGAUUGAUAAAUCGAGAUGCUAUGAACAAGGACAUGAUCAGUGAGCUGCCUGAAGCUUUGCUCCUGCAUAUAUUGUCUUUACUUCCAACAAAAGAUGUCAUAGCCACUAGUGUUUUGUCUAAACGAUGGAGAUCUCUCUGGAAAAUGGUGCCAAAGCUUGAGUUUGAAUUUGAUACUGAACAGGUCUCUUCAGAGGAUGUCUACAAGUUACUGCUUUUGCAUAAAGCUCCGUUUCUGGAAAGUUUGCAUUUGAACAUCGAAGAUUCAAAAGGUCGUUUGGAUAUUGGGAUAUUGAUUGGAAUUGCAUUUUCACGCCACGUGCGUGAAUUGAUGUUGGAUCUCUACAAUGAUGAUCAAGAGACAGUCAAGUUUCCUAGUGUAUUGUGUAGCUAUAACAACACACUCGAGGUGCUGAAGCUUGAGUAUCACGUUCUCUUAGACUUCCCUUCUCGGGUCUGUUUCAACGCCCUUAGAGAGCUUCAUCUUUGCCGAGUGGAAUUCAAAAACGAAGCAUCUGUUUGCAACCUUUUAUCUGGCUGCCCUAGGCUUCAAGAUUUGGUUGUGACACGGUAUGGUAAUUCCGAUGCGGGGACUUACACUAUCGCCGUGCCAACGUUACAGAGGCUAACCAUUGAAGAUGAUAGUGGCAUAGAUGUGGAUGGUGGAGGCUAUGUGAUAAACACACCAUCUUUGAAAUACUUGAACAUCGAAUGCUUCUAUACUCUUGACUUCAUUCUAAUUGAGAAUGCGCCAGAAGAGCUUGUGGAAGCAAAGAUCAAUAAUGUUUCUGAUAUAGACAAUGAUAACAUUCUUGCAUCUCUAACUUCAGCCAAGCGUCUUUCCUUUCACUUACCCUUAGAGAUUAAGUAUCCUACAGGUAGCAUCUUCUAUCAACUGGUAUCUUUGGAGCUGCAUGUAGAUAAAAUAGUUGGGUGGAAUCUACUUUCAUUCAUGCUCGAUAGCUCUCCUAAAUUGCAAAUCCUCAAGCUCGACAGCCCAUUUCGUGAAAAGUGUCCGGUGGGCUGGGAAUGGAAUCAGCCGAGAGGUGUACCAGAAUGUUUGUUGCUCCAUCUGGAGACGUUGGUGUGGACAAGAUUCAAAUGGCAACGAGAAUAUGAGAAACUAGUGGCCACAUACAUUCUCAAAAACGCUAGACAGCUGAAGAAAGCAUCUUUCCCCCCAACGCCCAUCGAACCCGAAGAGCUCGAAGAACUGGAAAAGAGGCGUGAGAUGCUGAACGGGUUGGCUAGUUUGGACAGAGGGUCGACCUCAUGUCACCUUGUGUUCGAAUCCGAAUGAUCUCUGCAACGUUUACUGCUUGUUUUGGCAAAUGGGAAAUUUUCAACUUGUCGACUCUUAUGGUAAGUGUUUUUGCGUCAGCCUCAACUAAUAAUCUUGACUUGUUUUUCAGAAUCUGGUUGGUAAUAGUCUGGUGGAUUUUACUUACUAAAUGUUGUUUGGUUGUUGUAAAAGACUGCUGUGACAUCUUUUUCUUAACUUUGGUAAUUUCGGAAUGGAACUUAGGCUGAUGUAAAGUGAACUUUUACACUUCUAGUCAAAAGAUUUGGUGUUAAUUCAGAGUUAUGAAGUUC